CUAUAGGGUAUUUUGAUAUGUACUCUGGGGACAUCAAAGAUUUAUUUAAUGUCUUAAAAACGUCUUGUGGAAUGUUCCCUUUAAAUCUCAGGAUUAGAAAAUGGAAUUUAACAGAAACCUGUUGUAUUUUAGUUUUCUCAAAUUCAUGCUUUAUAUUCCAGUCCAGUUGGUGACGGUUUUCUGUUGCCUUGGCUUCAUUUCUGUUUGAUCAGCAAAUAAAGGACAUCAAUAUUGCAUAUGUAUACACAUAUUGCAUAUGUCUAUGUAGAUAUAAUAAAACAAUAUGGUAAAUGAUGGUAAUAAUCUAAUUUCAGCACAGUCCCUUCGGGAACAACAGACAGACAUUUGACUGUGUCAACACAACAAAACUAGGGCAGGUCAGAAUACACUGGAUGAUCUCUUGUGUGGCACGUUGCUCUUUUGACAGCGUUGAGCUGAAGUCUUUACUGGGAAAAUAACUAGAUUUGCAACUUUUUGUGGAUUUUGGAUUUCACAAUGGAUGGUCAAAUGUGACAGGAUCAUUUAAACAGUGUUAUUUGAAGCAAGAGUAAACGUAUUGGCAAUGUGUUCACAAGACAUUCAUCAUAAUCUAAGUUGACAAGUUGUUUUUGUUGUUAGAUUAUCAGAUUAAUUUUGGCAAGUAUGUCUUCCCCUUACAAGACGGGGGCUGUUUCAAUCCCAGAGAAAAGACUUUCUCGGACAAAAAGCAAGAAAAAACAUUUUGUGCAUCAGAAGGUGGAGGUUUUCAGAGCCAGCGAUCCCAUCAUGACUGUGUUUAUGUGGGGCAUCAAUCACACGAUAAAUGACCUCUUUCAAGUAUCAAUGCCACUGAUGCUACUUCCAGACGAUUUCAAAGCCAGCACUAAGAUGAAAGUCAACAACCACUUAUUCAACAAGGAAACUCUUCCUGGACAUUUUAAGUUUAAGGAGUAUUGCCCACUAGUUUUCCGGAAUCUAAGAGAGAGAUUCGGAGUUGAAGAUCAGGAAUAUCAGGUCUCUUUAACACGUCGUCCUCCAGUAAAGGAUGUUGAUGAUCAAGAUGCAGGAUUGAUGCUGACAUCUGACCACAAACUCAUUGUCAAGAAAAUUUCCAAUGAGGAGGUAGAGGACAUACACAACAUCCUUUCCAAAUACCACCAGCAUAUUGUAACGUGCCGUGGUAGCACACUUCUUCCCCAGUUUCUUGGUAUGUACCGUGUCACUGUGGAAAAUGAAGACACAUACUUUAUAGUCACAAGGAAUAUGUUCAGUCACCGGCUUACGGUCCACAGGAAAUAUGAUUUCAAGGUGAAGGAUAUGCUUACUUCCACGGAUGAACACUUCAUAAACAACAUGCAGCUGGUGUACAUUAGUGAGGAGGAGAAAAUCAUGUUUUUGGAUAAACUUAACAGGGACUUAGAGUUUCUUGUGCAUCUGAGGAUCAUGGAUUACAGUCUGCUGCUUGGGAUUCAUGAUGUUGGGAGGUCGGAGCAUGAGGAAGAUGAAGGAAUGAAAGACUCUUCAAGUGAAGGAGAGAAUUCAGAGAAUGAACAAUCACCUGUGGGGUCUUUUGGCACCUCACCUGAGGGCAUUGCAGGGUACAUGAGCAUCUUUAAACCUCGUGGUCCAGGAGAGUUUGACCCUUCUGUUGAUGUGUAUGCCAUCCAGAGUGCAGCUGGUGCCCCACAGAGAGAGAUUUACUUCAUGGGUCUUAUAGAUAUUUUGACUCUAUAUGAUACUAAGAAGAAAGCACCACAUGCAGCAAAAACAGUCAAGCACGGAGCUGGAGCUGAAAUAUCUACAGUUCAUCCUGAACAAAAUGCCAAACGGUUUCAAGAUUUCAUCGCAAACAUCUUUGCCUACUGAAACUCCUUCAUGUCUAGUAGAAAUAAAUAUGAUUUUUUUAAUUGUUUAUUUUUAAUGUUUUCUUAUAACUCUGUAAAACUAUUUACUAUUCAUUACAUAUGUAUUUAUUUUUUAGAAAUUUGCUCAUACUGAUUAACAUUAAGAAUGACUGUAUGACUUUUACAUGUAAUUUUGGUAAAAUAAAUGAUUUUAAUAGAUUGGUCCUCAUGUGAAUACAUUUUCCAUUCUUUUACAUUAAAUAAGUGAAAAAAGUGA